UCCUGGUUCGGGGCUGGCAGCCAUUUUGGGUUGCGGAGCUCAGAGCGGAGGCUGCCGCCUGCGAGGGGACGGGGGAGAAGCUGCUGCCUCCGCUGCCCCGUCGGACGCCUGCAUCCGCGGAGCUCCCGCUGCGGGGGUCUGGCCGCCGCCGCUGCUCCUCAGAGCGAGCUCGUUCUCCAGAGGCCGCGGGGCCCCCACUGAUAUGUCCAGCAUGAAUCCCGAAUAUGACUAUUUAUUCAAGCUACUUCUGAUUGGAGACUCUGGUGUUGGGAAGUCUUGCCUUCUACUUAGGUUUGCAGAUGACACGUACACAGAAAGUUACAUCAGCACAAUUGGUGUGGAUUUUAAAAUCAGGACUAUAGAGUUAGAUGGGAAAACAAUCAAACUUCAAAUAUGGGACACAGCAGGCCAAGAGAGAUUUCGAACGAUCACCUCCAGUUACUACAGAGGAGCCCAUGGCAUCAUAGUUGUGUAUGAUGUUACAGACCAGGAGUCCUUCAAUAAUGUAAAACAGUGGCUGCAAGAAAUAGACCGUUAUGCCAGUGAAAAUGUUAACAAGUUGUUGGUAGGAAACAAAUGUGACCUGACCACAAAGAAAGUAGUAGACUAUACAACAGCAAAGGAAUUUGCAGAUUCCCUUGGAAUUCCAUUUUUGGAAACCAGUGCAAAGAAUGCAACAAAUGUAGAACAGUCUUUCAUGACCAUGGCUGCAGAGAUUAAAAAACGAAUGGGUCCUGGAGCUACAGCUGGUGGUGCAGAAAAGUCCAAUGUUAAAAUUCAGAGCACUCCAGUCAAGCAGUCUAGUGGAGGUUGCUGCUAAAAUUUGCCUCCCCCUUUUGUCUCACAACAAUGAAUUUUGCAAUCUGAACCCAAGUGAAAAAAAUUGCCUGAAUUGUACUGUAUGUAGCUGCACUACAACAGAUUCUUACCGUCUCCACAAAGGUCAGAGAUUGUAAAUGGUCAAUACUGACUUUUUUUAUUCCCUUGACUCAAGACAGCUGACUUCAUUUUCAGAACUGUUUUAAACCUGUGUGCGCUGGUUUAUAAAUGUGUGUAAUCCUUGUUGCUUUUCCUGAUACCAGACUGUUUCCCGUGGUUGGUUAGAAUAUAUUUUUUGUUUUGAUGUUUAUAUUGGCAUGUGUUGAUGUUGGGUUUAGUCUUCUGAAGAUGAAGUUCAGCCAUUUUGUAUCAAACAGCACAACAGUGUCUGUCACUUUCCAUGCAUAAAGUUUAGUAAGAUGUUAUAUGUAAGAUCUGAUUUGCUAGUUCUUUCUUGUAGUUAUAAAUGGAAAGAUUACACUAUAUGAUUAAUAGUUUCUUCAUACUCUGCAUAUAAUUUGUGGCUGCAGAAUAUUGUAAUUUGUUGCACAAUAUGUAACUAACAACCGAAGAAAUGUUUAAUAAAUAUUGUACUUAUUGGAAGUAAUAUCAAACUGUAUGGUGAUAAAUAUUGUCUUAAUUCUUACGGCUAAGGGGGAAAUUAGGCUUGCAUUGUGCCCAAAAUGUAUCAUGUGCAGUAAUGGCACUCUAGACCCUCUAGUAGACCAAACACCCUUCCCAAAACAUGUAACUAAGAAGUAUGGCCUAGAAGACUAAGUUGUCAUAGUCCUUCAGGCACAUAUACUGUACUUGAAAGACAAUUUGAGACAUGUUCAUAGAAGCAUAAUGCAUUCUGAAUGUACAGUAUUUUUUUCCCAUCAUAGUCUAUGAACUUUAAUUUAUUUCUGAAGGACUUCCUUUAGAAAUUCUUGUCUACUUUGCUCUGUAUUAGAGGUGGAAAACAUUUUUCCUAACAUGUGAAUGACUUAAAACUAACAACUCAAGGUGAUGUAACUCUGCCAGUAUGUCAUGUCUUUCUAUAUACUGUUACUUCCAUAUUCUUUUAAUCAAAUACUGUUUUGACUUAUUUAAUAAACUUCGUGCAACAA